CAGCCACAUAACGGACAGUGGUGGUUUGCCGGGUCGCGCGCGCUUCUCUCAGUGCUUAGGACGAAAUGUCGACUCACUUCGUCAAAGGACCCGCUUACGGGCUCUCCGCUGAAGUGAAGAACAAGAUAGCCCAGAAAUACGACGUUCAGAAGGAGUUGGAGCUCCGUGACUGGAUAGAGGAAAUCACGGGAAUACAACUCAACGGACCCUUCCACCAGAGCCUUCGCGACGGUGUGGUGCUGUGCGAGCUGAUCAACUGCCUGCAGCCGGGCUCUGUGAAGAAAGUGAACCACUCCAAAGUCAACUGGCACCAGCUGGAGAACUUGAGCAGCUUCAUCCGCGCCAUCCAGGAGUACGGCAUGAGGCCUCACGACAUCUUCGAAGCCAACGACCUCUUUGAGAGUGGCAACAUGACCCAGGUGCAGAGCACGCUGCUCGCACUCGCAAACACGGCUAAGACUAAGGGAGUAGACACUCACUGCUGUGUAGGAGUCCGUUAUGCUGAUCGCCAGGAGCGAGAGUUCAACCCGGAGAUGCUGAAGGCCGGACAGAGCGUCAUAGGCCUCCAGAUGGGCACCAACAAGUGUGCAAGCCAGGCUGGGAUGACGGCCUACGGGACGCGUCGCCACCUCUACGACCCGCGGGGACCUUCGCAGGAGGAUCGGUGGAGGCCCGACCAGGACAACUCCAUCUCCCUGCAGAUGGGGACCAACAAGCUGGCCAGCCAGGCCGGCAUGACGUGCCCUGGCACCCGCCGCCACGUGUACGACUCCCGCCUCGGCGUGGAGCGCUCGUACGACUCGUCCACGAUCUCGCUCCAGAUGGGAACCAACCAGGUCGCCACGCAGACCGGCAUGACCGCCUACGGACUCGGUCGGCAGAUCUGCGACUUCAAAUACUGCGCUCCGCCGCCGCCCGUCCCGCCCACCGCCGCCGGUGGCGGCGGCGGUGGCGGUGUGGUGUUUAAUGGUAAUCGUGGUGGCGGCGGUGGCGGUGGUGGCGGUGGUGUCGGUGGUGUCGGUGGUGGGUUUGUGGCAGCCCAGCAAGAGGAUGAAUACGCAGAGGAGGAGGAGGAGUACUGAGG